AUGGAGGAAAUUUAUGCUAAGUUUGUAUCACAGAAAAUCAGCAAGACCCGUUGGCGACCAUUACCUCCAGGGAGCCUGCAGACAGCGGAGACUUUCGCCACGGGCUCUUGGGACAAUGAGGAAAAUUACGUUUCACUGUGGUCUAUUGGAGAUUUUGGAAACUUGGAUUCUGAUGGAGGAUUUGAAGGAGAUCAUCAAUUAUUGUGCAGUAUCAAACAUCAUGGUGAUGUAAUGGAUUUACAAUUUUUUGACCAGGAAAGAAUUGUAGCUGCUUCAUCAACAGGAUGUGUGACAGUUUUCCUCCACCAUCCAAAUAACCGGACUCUGUCAGUCAGCCAGCAGUGGACAGCAGCUCACUACCACACAGGUCCAGGCAGUCCUUCCUGUAGCAAUGCACCAUGCACGGGUGUUGUGUGCAACAACCCAGAAAUUGUUACAGUUGGAGAAGAUGGCCGGAUAAAUCUCUUCAGAGCUGAUCACAAGGAAGCUGUAAGAACUAUAGACAAUGCAGAUAGCAGUACACUCCACGCUGUAACCUUCCUUCGAACUCCUGAGAUUCUUACAGUAAAUUCAAUUGGACAGUUAAAAAUAUGGGAUUUUAGACAACAAGGAAAUGAGCCCACUCAGAUAUUAUCACUGACUGGUGACCGAGUGCCACUCCACUGUGUUGAUCGACAUCCCAACCAGCAGCACGUUGUAGCUACUGGAGGCCAGGAUGGAAUGUUGAGUAUUUGGGAUGUUCGACAAGGUACAAUGCCUGUGUCUCUGCUGAAGGCUCAUGAAGCUGAAAUGUGGGAAGUUCACUUUCACCCAUCCAACCCAGAUCACCUGUUCACUUGUUCUGAAGAUGGAUCUCUCUGGCACUGGGAUGCCUCCACAGACGGGCCUGAGAAGUCGUCACUCUUUCACCAAGGAGGAAGAAAUAGUACUUUUUUGUCUCAUAGCAUUAGUAACCAAGCUAAUGUUCACCAAUCUCUUAUAAGCUCCUGGCUCAGCACUGAUCCUGCCAAAGAUCGUAUUGAAAUCACAAGCUUGCUUCCUAAUAGGACUUUGUCUGUAAACAGUCUGGAUGUUUUAGGUCCUUGUCUUGUUUGUGGAACGGAUGCAGAAGCAAUUUAUGUUACUAGACAGCUUUUUUCAUGA